CCAAACUUUUCCCCGCAUUCAUCUCCCUAUACACAUUUUUCUUUUCACUCUUAUAAUAAUAUGAAUGCUUAUAUGUAUCAUAUAUGAUAUGAUACUACCAAAGUUUGGAUUUUGACUUGUAUUUUUGAAUUUUUACACAAAUUGGUCUAAAACCCAACAUUUUGUUUUUGUUAAUUCGUUUGUGGUCAUCUUCUACACAAACAUGUUUGUGGUUCUCCACGCUAGGGACUUUUAAAGGUAGAAACUUUUCUUCUGCACGGAAUUUCAACAAAGCUAACAUGGUAUUUCUCGUAGCGUGUGUUUCAGGCAAGUAAUGAGGAAGGUUUUUAUAAUGUGAAUUUUUCAGUACAAGGACAGUACGAGGGUCCUUUAGGGUUCUGGUUUUUCUUUUAGUAAAGCUGAUAGUUUGUGAAUUUAUUUGUUUAUAUGUUUUUGGCUGUGGUGGGUCUUAUUUUUUCAGAUACAUACUAGUGAUUUUUUUUUUAUUAUUUAGAGGUUACAAUAGUCUGAAAGGGAAUAUAUCACAUAUUUAUUUUGAAAAUUUUCUAAUCCAAAGUUUUUUGAGUUUAGAUACGUUUUGGGGAUGUGAAAUUUUCAGAUAAAGAUGACAGCUUUCAGUGGUUUAGGUCUUGGUUUGAGUCUAGUUUUUGGGUGCCUUCUUUUGGCUCUUAUUGCUGAGCUUUAUUACUUGUUAUGGUGGAAGAAGAAAAGAAUCACAGACCGAGAGAUUGAGGAUGAGUAUGGGAAUUUUGCAAAAGAGUUUUUUCAAUUUAUUUGCUGGAAAAGAACAUCUGCUUCUUUGGCUAAUAACAACUCUGCCCAAGAGAGAAAAGACUCAGAUUUGAAUUGUCAUGAGGCCGACCCUGAGCUUGGUUUGGGGAAAGAUAUGCUGCUUAAGGCCUAUGGAGAAGAGGGUGUGGAGUCAGAGCUCAUGAGACUCCACAAUCUAGCUGGCCCACCUAGAUUUCUGUUCACAAUUAAAGAGGAAACCAAAGAAGAUUUGGAAUCUGAGGAUGCUAAAUCAAGAGGUGACAGAAGCAGAAAAGGGUCCAGAACAAGGAGCUUGAGUGAUCUAAUGGUGGGUGUAGACACCCCAUUUCUUACUCCUUUGGCUUCACCUCGGCUUAAGUCUUCUCCUUUGAACCCUCUUGAUGCUUACAAACACCAUGGAUUCAACCCUCUCUUUGAAUCCUCCACAGAAAAUGAGCUCACCAGGUUGAGAUCUUCACCACCUCCAAAGUUCAAGUUUUUGAGAGAUGCAGAGGAAAAGUUGUAUAGGAGAUUAAUGGAGGAAGCUGGGAAAAGGGCAGCUUCGAAUUUGGUAUCUUGUUCAGAUUCUGGGACUAAAGCUUUUAUUAAUUCAACAGUAGUAGCUGAGGAGAGAGAUGGGUCUUUGUUCACAUUCAUGAUUGCGAAUAAGAACAAUCAACAUCUGCCUCCACACCCUUCAAGCUCAUCCCAGGUACUCCCACUGGCUUCUUCUCCCACUGCUCUCUCACCAGCACUGGAUAACAACAAACCCAAGAUUGUGCAUUGAACAUUUUUUCCAGUGCUUAAUUUUCCAUUAGAGACAGAUCUUGGUAAUUCUUUUAAUCUGUUAAAGUUUUCAAGAUCCAUUACUUGUGUAUUUAUCUCAAAGGCAUUUUUAGUUUCUUCACUAAUUAUUAACCUUUCUUCUGAUUGUUUUUUUUUAGCUUUUUGAUCAAUAUAUCUUUUUUGGGUAUCUGGGAAAUAUAGCCCUGAAUGAUCUGUAACAUAUUUAUUCAA